AUGACUCAAAUCGGUAAAUGCACCAAAAUGUGUCCGCAAUCUGAGAUAAAUGAACACAAAUCAGAAUUUCUAUCCAUAUUUGAGUGCGACCCAAAUGGAAAGUUUGAUCCAACGCUCGCGAUCAAAAAAUAUUCCAGAAGUUCAGCAGGUUUUCAAGCAAAUUUGAAUAAUGUUCGUCCAGUAGAUGUUCUGUAUAAAACUUUACAGCAUAUAAAUUCGAAAAUCGUUAUACCAAAUUUAAAAUCUCCUAUUGAAACUCAAAUUAAAAUGUAUCAUUAUGUCAGAGAUCGCUUACGAGCUGUAAAUCAAGAUAUUACGAUUCAACAAGCACAUUCACCCGAAAUUACCUGUAUUUAUGAAUAUUAUAUUGCAUUCUUCAUAUGGUCUGGUAUCAAUUUUAGAAACUUACCGCCAUCAGAUUUCGAUUUUGUACAAAACUUUGAUCAAAUUUCCGAAGGAUUCUUAUCAUUACUCGAAGAAUACAAAUUUUAUCCUUCAAAGAACCAAGAUUUAUAUUAUUCCGCGUAUGUAGCAUCUUUAUUCUGCACUGAUCAGUUUCAAGAGAAUUUAUCUAAAUUUAAGAUCGAAUCACAUUUUUACAUCGUAAAAUCUGUUCGCACUGCAUACUUAACCGAUAACAUCAAACUUUUCCUCAAUACAAUCAAGCAUGCUCCAUUUAUCAUUCUUUACACAGUUAUUCUUAGCGAUAAACAAAUUUAUACAAACUGUAUUUCAUCACUUCGCCUCUCAUUUAAGAGCACAAGCUUUAACCCGGACGUAUUACUCAACGAAUUCGAACUCAGUGAGAACUAUGAUCAAAUUAAAACAGCUUUUAAUAUCAAUCCAAAAGGAGAUUAUCUUACAUUCGAUAUAUCAAAACAAAUACAAAUAGAACAAACUCCAUACUUCAUUUUACCAUCAUCUAUUGAAGAAUACCAUAACAGUCACGAAUUUCAUCUUGAAUUCAGUAAAAUCAGCGAAAUUGACUUAUGA